AUGUCACUGGAUGUCGUACGCAAACGCCUUCGCGGUGAAUACACCUAUCUACCAGAGUCAGAUGUUCAUUUUCCUCAUUUGACAGUCUACCAGACUUUGAUGUUCGCUGCAAUGGCUAGAAUGUCCCCAGAGUACAAUGUCCUGGAUGAACGGAAGGCUGCCGCUACAAAAUCAACUGAUGCUACCGUUGAAGCUUUAGGCCUAACGCGAACCCUUGGCACACGAGUUGGAAACUCUUUUGUAAGAGGCAUCAGCGGUGGGAAGCGAAAGCGAACCAGCAUCGCAGAAGUUCUAAUUGGUGGUGGUCACCUGCAUUGCUGGGACAACAGUACUCGAGGACUUGAUAGCGCCAACGCUUUCCAAUUCGUUCAGACCCUCCGACAGUCCGCCUCGGAAACCGGCUCUGUAGCUGUUGCUACAUUCUACCAAGCUUCUGAAGAUAUUUACAAAUCUUUUGAUAAAGUAAUGCUGUUGUUUGAGGGUCGCCAAAUCUACUUUGGCGCCACUAGCGCAGCUAAGGCUUAUUUCACAAAACUUGGAUUUCUCUGUCUCAAAUGCUCGACUACUGCCGACUUCUUAACGUCAUUAACAAAUCCUCAUGAGCGCAGGGUGCAAAUUGGAUACGAGAACAAGACCCCUCGAACUCCGGACGAGUUUGCACAAAUAUGGAAUCGAAGUCCUGAGCGAGAGAAGUUAGCCACGGAGAUCCAAUCUUAUCAGAACAAGUUCCCUCCUGGUUCCCAAGACCUGCCGAAUGAAGGUGGACAUUCCAAACUCCCUUGGCGUCAUUGGUCAAUGCCGUACAAAGUUUCUUACUUUGAACAAAUCAGGCUCUGCGUCAGUCGAGGGAUCCAAAGACUAAUCAACGAUCUUCCGCCAACUAUCUCGUCCAUCGCGGGCAACGCCAUUAUAUCCAUCAUCCUCGGCAGUAUGUUUUACGAUUUGCCAGACGACACUAGCAGCUUCUUCUAUCGUGGGGUUCUAUUGUUCUUUACUAUUCUGACGAACACGUGCCUUGCAUCUUUUGAGGGGGUGCAGUUAUGGGAUCAUCGACCUAUUGUAGAGAGACAUUUUCAGCUUGCGAUGUAUCGUCCGUCUACAGAAGCAAUCGGAUCUAUGCUGUGUGAUAUCCCAAACAAGGUCCUGCUAACGGCAUGUUUCAACAUCCCAUUUUAUUUUCUCGCCAACAUGCGGAGAACCCCGGCGGCCUUCUUUACUUUCUACCUCUUCGCUUUCACUAGUCUACUCACUGGAUCGAUGCUUUACCGGACAAUUGGAGCCAUGUCUCGUACAUUAUGCGCCUCAAUCGCUCCUGGAGCAGACUUCAUAUUGAUGCUAGUGAUUUACACUGGGUUUGUUCUGCCAAUACCUAGCAUGCAUCCAUGGUUCGGAUGGUUCGGUUACAUCAACCCAGUGGGCUAUGCAUUUGAAAGCCUAAUGAUCAAUGAGUUCUCUGGCCGCCAGUUUACUUGCGCUACAUUUGUCCCGGAAGGGGGAGAAUACUAUCGGGCCGCUCCUGAGCACAGAAUAUGUGCUGUAACGGGUGCCCGGCCAGGCGCCGCCGUCGUUGACGGCCGCGAGUAUCUGGUCUCCACGUUUCAGUACUACCCAGACCAUCUUUGGCGAAAUUUGGGAAUUCAAAUUGGUUUAACGUGUUUUCUUUGCUGCCUCUAUCUUCUUGCCACAGAAUAUAUCUCGUCCCAGCGAUCAAGGGGUGAGGUCCUAAUUUUCCGUCGUGGGCAAGAAUUCAGCACGAGAGGGAGUGAUGAUGAUGAAGAAGCCCAGCCUUAUCGGACGAAUUUUUCGGCUCUUUCAGAUGCAGGCUACCGCAAGGAAGACACAGAACGUUCCGCCAAAACCCAGACUCGAGCGGCAACUUUUCUCUGGAACAAUCUUUGCUACAACGUAAAAGAAAAGGCUUCCUCUAGACGACUUUUAGACAACGUUGAAGGUUGGAUCGAGCCGGGAACCCUGACAGCUUUGAUGGGUGGAUCAGGUGCGGGUAAAACGACACUUCUCAAUGUGCUUGCCAACAGAGCGACGAACGGAGUAAUCAGUGGGGAGAAACUUGUGGAUGCAAAGUUUCAGGAUGAGGCUUUUGCACGCAAAAUUGGCUACGCGCAACAGCAAGAUAUGAGCACUCCAACUGCAACUGUUAGAGAAGCACUUAUAUUCAGCGCUCGCUUGCGGCAACCGCCAGAAUAUAGUGAUGUUGAGAAGCUGGCUUAUGUGGACGAAGUGAUAACAACUCUUGAUCUCACCAACUUCGCCAAUGCGGUGAUAGGAACUGCUGGAGAAGGUCUUAACAUCGAACAACGGAAGCGUGUCACCAUUGGGAUUGAGCUGGCGGCUAGACCAGAACUCUUGCUCUUCCUUGACGAACCCACCUCCGGUCUGGAUAGCAGUACUGCUUGCGAUUCUAUGCACUAUCAUCAACCUUCAGGAGUCAUAUUUGAUAUGUUUGAUAGGCUUCUGUUGAUCCAGGAUGGUCGUUCUAUUUAUUUUGGGAACAUUGGCCCCGGCUCGCAAACUGUUCUUGAAUAUUUUCGCAAGCAUGGGGCUCCAAGAUGUGAGCCAGAAGAGAACCCUGCAGAAUGGCUUAUGGAUAUUUCCAGUCGCGCUGUUGAUGGAUACAAGACAGUACAAUGGUCGAAGAUCUGGCAGACCUCCACAGAGAGGCAGAAAAUCAAAGAUUCGCUAGAAUUAAUGAAGAAAAGGCUACAAUCGCCCCCAAAGGAAGGUCCGCAAACAAAAACCAGUGGAAAAUACGCUUCAUCUUACCUGAAACAACUGUACCAUGUUACAAAAAGGAACUUUGAGCAAGAUUGGCGCACCCCUUCUUAUCUAUACUCUAAACUGUUUCUCACCCUUGGUGCUGGUCUCGUUAAUGGAUUCUCCUUCUAUAUGUCUGCAAAUAGUAUGCAAGGUGUCCAGAAUCAAGUAUUCUCGGUGUUUCUAGUUUUCACCUUACACAGCAGUCUUGUUCAACUGAUAAUGCCGCGGUUUCUUGAAAAUCGGACCCUAUACGAAUUAUCUGAGCGCCCAUCUCGUACCUAUUCGUGGGCAGUGUUCGUCAUGUCUAACAUCAUUUCGGAGCUGCCGUGGCAGACCCUCUUGGCUGUUAUUCAGUUUACAACAUGGUACUACCCUCUGGGGAUGUAUCGAAAUGCUCUCGCUGCGCACCAUCUCAAUGAGAGAGGAGGGUUAAUGUUUCUACUCAUAUGGUCUUACAUGCUAUUCUCCUCGACAUUUUCUCAGAUGGUGGUCACCAUAAUGCCAGACGCUGCAACUGGAAUCAACAUUUCCGCAUUGCUCUAUUCACUGUCUCUGAUUUUCUGCGGAGUUCUAGUCAGCCCCAAUUCUCUCCCUCGAUUCUGGAUUUUCAUGUACCGCAUAACACCGAUAACAUAUUUCAUCAAUGCCUUAGUUUCGACCGGCAUUUCGGGCGUGGAGAUCACAUGCACAGCACAAGAUGUCUUACAAUUUGAUCCCCCAGGCGGGCAGAACUGCGGUCAUUAUCUAACCGACUACAUCAACGAAAUGGGAGGCAAGCUAUUCAACCCUGACGCCACAGAAGAGUGCCAAUACUGCCCCGUCUCCACCACAGACAACUUGAUUGCCAGGCUCGGGAUCGAUUACCGUGAUCGUUGGAAGAAUUUUGGUAUUACGCUGAUUUACAGCGCCGUCAAUGUCGCCGGUGCAUUGUUAUUGUACUGGUGUUUCAGGGUUCCCAAACGCAUCCAUCGAGAAAAAAUAUGA